AUGGCGGAAAGAAGAGAGCAAGAGAAGCCGCUCGCCCCAGCCAUCCCCGCCAACUCCAAGCUCAGCCCUUUUCCACCGGUGUUCAUAUCACACCGCCGCCAUCGAUGCCUCAAGUGUUGUGGCUGCUCCACUUCGCUUCUCCUAAUCCUAGCAGUCACAACACUCAUCCUCAUGCUCACAAUCUUCCACGUGAAGCAUCCAUUGCUCGAGAUCAUCUCGGUCAAAAUCGACGGCCUCAAUUCGCUAUCCAACAACAACAACCCGACGCUGGUGGCCGACAUCUCGAUCAAGAACCCCAAUGCGGUGUAG